UCGGACGAUAUUCGGAGCAUUCUCGUAAUAUCUUUAUGAAGUUACGGAUUCUUCUAACAAUAAGUUAGGCGAUCUCGACACGUGCAUCGGGUUUACAUGCUUACACAUGCGUGUGAGACGAAUGCUUCAUAUUGACGAAUUAACGCUUUGGAUGGAUACGGAGUUUCGUUAAGUUUUGAUGAUCGACGAGGUGAGAAGAAUAAUUACAGUGAACAGGUUUUACUCGAACCUGAUCCGAGUAAAGCGAUUGUGUUUUUCAAAAAUUGUGGAAAUAACGCAUGCAGAGAGGUUAGAAUGGGACGUAUUAUGACGAAGUGCAAUUCAUCCAUAGGUCUGUUUUCAUUGUGACUCAACUAGUAUACGCUUAGAGUGUACUUAAAGUGAAAUAGGCAGUGUCCUGUUUUCAAGUAUGCAGACAAAGAGUGAUACAUCUGAUUUCUGAUAAAAAAUUUAAAAAACAAGCAAAAUUAUUCGUCAACGUGAAGCGCAUGCAUUCCAUCGUGCGGAUUGGUGAAAUGUAAAAGAAACGAAAAAGCGAGUUUGGUGCAAACUACUGUGAGAGAUACUGUAUCGCGAUGUCGUCAACUGGUGAAUUUUCAACGUUGUCGAGCGGCGAGGCCACCGGAACUGGCGAGGACUCAUUGCCGAGUUCGAGAGAGGCAACUGCCGAGGCCGCGGGUUCCGGCGGUGGUUUCAUGCCACUGCGCGAGUUCCUGGACAGAUUCUCAUUGCCAAGAGUGGUCAGGGUCGAAGGUGCUGGUGGAAGGCCGAUACUGCUGUAUAAGCAACAGCAGAGAUCGCUUAGAGUCACGGCUACACUGCUGAUGCAUCGUUACCGUCACGACGUCAAAGUAGGACCGGAAAUAGUCAUCCCGGAAGGUUAUCCUGGCUGGUUCUCAGUAGUGUCCAGCAACAGUGGUACCGGAAAUGCUAGAGUGUACAGAAGAGUCGGCGCCUUGGUGCGCGCAGGAGUGCCGGCGUUCUUGCUCGCGAAACCACUGCGAGCUUACACGUUGACACAUUCCAAAAUGGAAAAUGGAAAUUUGCGAGCUCAUUACACGAAGACGACGGUGCGCGCUGGUGAGGUCCUGCGACUUACUGCCGUUUUCCAGGAUACUCGUCGCGCCCCCGUUACCAGUGGCGUGUCUGGAAUCGUCUCGGAAGGCAAAUGCUCGAGAUCUUCGGAGCGGGAUCAAUAUGCUCAGUGCUUGGACUCUCACGGGCAUGAGUUGUUCGCGCCACUUUCAGCUAGAGGCGAGUUCUAUGCGACUUGCCAGAGCGGUAGUCUCGACACCGGCAGCGACGCAGUGCUCUACAGGGUUCAUCAGCUUGCCAGAAGGGAUCUACCUUUGAGGGUACGUCUAGUCGCUGGACCACUGCCUAUACCGUUGCCGCGAGAUUAUAGCGGCCUGAUGCAGUUGGAGAACGCAAAUAGAGGGCCGAUAGUUCUUGGCUGUGCAGUACCGCUAAUGCCCGAAAGACCCUUACCCAAUACCACGGUGCCAGAACUCCUGGAGCUCGUCGCGACUGGUCCGACCGCGCCUCGGGUGAAAAGAGCACGACUGGGAUGUCCUUCUGAGGCAAGAUUGCUCGCCUCGCCGAAAAUGCAACGAUUACUUUCAGCUUGCAGAAGAGCCUUAGACCAGAGAGCGACCGAACCUCGAGUCGCACCGCCGAAACCAACUUCCAACAAUAAUCAACUGAAAGAACUGCAUUUGAAGGAAAUUAAAGCGAAGCCCGAGGCAAAGCCGAUACUGCAGAGCUUGAAAGAGGGCCUAGAGCACAUCAAGAAGACGACAAUCCGCGAUCGAAGCAAUAGCCGCAACGCCGGUAAUAAUCACAGCUUUCUCGACAGAAUCUCGAGGAUAGCGCAGGGUGGCAAAAGCAGAAAUCCAGCAAAGAAAUCAGCAUCUUUCACAUUUGCCGUACGACCGGAAAUCGGCAUGCGGUCACCAGAGAGGUACGCCAGUUUAGAAUCAGAUACAAACUUGAUGCAGGCAUCACAGACUUCAAGGCAACAAGUGCAGCGUUCGAUUUCGACGAGCGUCCUCGAGAUGCAAACCAGCAGUCCAGACAUGGAUCCACCGUACUCUAAAGUGAGAGACAGUCUCACGCCUUUGCCUCCCACUCCGCCGCCGAAAUUGGAAGAAAUCUAUGCCGAAAUUUGUGAACCCGGCAGCGGCAAUGGUUCGUCGCGGGAUUCACCGCAUGAGGAUAAAUCGCUGCCGGUAGGAGGGAGUAAUGGCACCAGAGAACGAGAUCGGGGCUAUGUGAAGCUUGCACUAUCCCAUUCCGAGAUGUCCGAUGUAUCGGCGAGCACUGGCGACGACGAAGAAGGUAUUUACAAUACUGUAUGCUAAGCGCGCGCCUUCUUCUAUUGUAGUAUACUCAACAUCUACGGGAAAUCGUUGGCGAUAACUGAGUCUAGGGUCGACCGGAACAAAUGAUGUUACGUGUAUGGAGUUGAAAGAUCGCGGGAACUCUUCAGUGUAGUAUAUCAUUGGAUAUCGAAUGUUUAUAGACGCGAGUAGUAUUGAUAAAUGCGUUCGUUGCGAAAGGAUCGUUUGAAAAUCUUUAAAAACGAUAAAAACGUUAAAACGGUCGAGCCAGUAUUAUCAUGUUUUUUUUUAAUAAGAAAUGCGAGAGUAUAAAUACCAAGUUUUUAGAAUUAAUUUUAUUUUUAUACGUAAGAUUGGAAACUGUUCUUCUAAGUAGCCGCCGGUUCUCAACUAUUAAAAAGAUAUCGUUACAAACUGCGAGGAUAUCGUGCACUUUUCGGAUCGGAGGAAAAACGCGAGGAGACGAAAGCGAUGUAUCGAUCAUAUCUGCGAAGGAGUUGAGGUUCAGGAUUUACAGCUCAGACCACCGUCAAGGAAAUUGCUAUGCCAACGAUUUCUUUUGCCGUAUGAUGACGCGAACGCAAACGUCAUCCAUAGGGUAUUGCGCAGAAUGAUUUACAAGGCUGUUGACCGAGGAAAAUGAUCUCGUAAUUACGGGUCCGGUGCAUGCUGCUGCAGCGGAUGUAGCGGAGCAUGCCGAUUGCCGAUAGCACGCACGCAGCAUCGCUUCUUCGUGGUUUCCGUCAUUAGAGAAUCUGUCGUCUUGCGAGAGGCGUGUUAAUAGUAGCGGGCUUUUACCGCGAUUAUCUCGGCCGUUGAAUAAUAUGGAUGUUGAAAAAACUUGCCCAUUGAAAAUUAACAUAGCACAGAAAAUAUUUGUUGAUUCUUAA